AUGAAAAAUUGGAUUGUCUUCAAUAUUACAAAGACCCAUAUAGUUAUUCCAGAGCACCUUCAAGAAUUAAAUUUAAAAUGCAAAUUUUGUAAACGAUUAUGUAUUGAUUUAUGGAAAAAUCAAGUCCUUAGGGCACUGACAGAAAUCAGUGACAAACGAAUUACCUCCUUCUUCUCUUCAUCAUUGUCAUCAAAUUCGAGAUUAGAGGAAAUAUUACACAAGAAAUUUCAUCUUGAAAAAUUUCACAAAGAUCAAUUAAAGGUGAUUGAAGAAACGUUAAACGGUGAGGAUGUUUUGGUAUUAAUGCCAACAGGCAGUGGUAAGAGCCUCUGUUACCAGCUGCCUGCAAUCGUGGAAAAUGGAAAAACAAAAGGGAUAACAGUGGUGAUAUCACCCCUGCUAUCACUUAUCAUAGAUCAGAUACAUAAUUUAAAUAGCAGAUAUAAUAUUCCAGCUUUAUCUUUAUAUAAUGAACAAGAAGAUAAUGAAAAACAAAAUGUAUAUGCUGAACUUAAUAAACUAAAACCAAGUCACAAGCUUUUCUACUUAACUCCUGAGAUGUUAAAUAGAAAUAGAAAAAUCAUUUCAAUAAUAAGAGGCCUGUAUGAAAAGAAACAAUUGGCAAGAUUUGCCAUUGAUGAGGCUCAUUGUAUUAGCAAAUGGGGACAUGACUUCCGACCAGAUUACAAAGAAUUAUGCAACUUGAAAAAAAAUUACCCAGAAAUACCUAUAAUUGCUUUAACUGCAACCGCAACACCUAAAGUCAAAAAUGAAAUAAUUAAUAUCUUGGGUAUUCAAAGAUGUAAGGUCAUACAACAAGGAUUCAAUAGAAAAAAUUUAUACUAUGAAGUACAUGAGAAAGACAGUAGUGGUGAUAAGGCAUUGGAAUAUCUUGUUAAACUUGUUGAGAGUUAUAAGGGUAAAUCAGGUAUUAUUUAUUGCAUUACCAAAAAAGAUUGUGAGAAAGUUGUACAAUAUCUCCAAAAAUCAGAAAUUUCUGCAAAAUAUUAUCAUUCAGGUGUAGAAAAAGCAGAAAAAAUCAUUAUUCAAAAUGAAUGGCAAUUUGGAAGGCUGCAAAUUAUUGCUGGGACUACUGCCUUUGGAAUGGGGAUUGAUAAGCCUGACGUGCGAUUCGUAAUACAUUAUUCAUUGCCCCGAUCUCUAGAGGAAUAUUAUCAGGAGACGGGAAGAGCUGGUAGGGAUGGAGACCAUGCUGUAUGUGUUCUUUUAUAUGCAGUUAAUGACUACAAGUUAGUAAAAGCAAUGAUAGAAGCAGAAGAUGGUAUUCAAAAAGAACAAAAAAGAACAGGUCUCCUUUCAAUGAGAAAUUAUUGCGAAAAUACUAUAGAUUGCCGCAGGAAACAGUUUCUGGAAUAUUUUGGAGAAAUUUUUGAUACAUCAGAAUGUGAAGAGACAUGUGACAAUUGCUCAGCAAGGAAACAUAAGAUCCAUAUUAAUAUGGAGAAUAAGGAUAGUUCAUCAUCAAAUACAAUCGAGAUUGUUGAUAAAAAAGAAGAGCAAGAACCAGAUAAUAAUGAAACUGAAACUUUGAUAAAAGCAGAAAAUAAAUCAAAUCACGAAAUAAACAUCUCUGAUAAUUCCAUAUCAAGUUCCAAAACAUUAGAUGAUAAUAAUACAUUGAAGAAACGUAAGGAAAUUAUAGAUGAUGAUAUUUUUGGUGAAAUUUGGCAGUGUGGCACAGUAAAUGGUGGUUAUAGACUUCGCGCACCAUACGAGUUUUAUUGUUAG